AUGGGAUCACAAGAUCAGAAAAUCCUCCCUAAGGAGGGCCAGCGAAACAUCUUGAUCACUUCCGCGCUUCCAUACGUCAAUAAUGUUCCCCAUCUCGGCAAUAUCGUCGGCAGCGUUUUGUCUGCCGACAUCUUCUCUCGCUACAACAAGGCACGAGGGCGACCAACGCUCUACGUCUGCGGAACUGAUGAGUACGGAACAGCAACAGAGACACAAGCGCUGAAGGAGGGCGUGAGCCCCGAACAGCUCUGCGCGAAGUACAACAAGAUCCACGCCGAGAUCUACGAGUGGUUUGAGAUUGGCUUCGAUAUUUUCGGUCGUACGCCCACGAGACAGCACACUGAGAUCUCACAAGGUAUCUUCUUACAGCUCCACAAAGAGGGGCUGCUAGCAGAGCACACAAACACUCAACCUUUCUGUGAGAAGCAUGGAAAAUUUCUUGCCGAUCGCUUUAUCGAAGGGACAUGUCCAAAGUGCGGGUAUGACGAUGCCAGAGGCGACCAGUGUGAUAAAUGCGGCCAGCUGAUCGACCCUCUGGAACUUAUUAAUCCCCGCUGCAAAGUUGAUGGAGCGACCCCCAUCGUUAAAGAAACCAAGCACACCUACCUACGCCUCGACGAGCUGCAGCCCAAGGUGGAGGAGUGGGUCACUAAGUCGAUCGAGCACGGUGGCUGGUCCAAGAACGCCAAAGUCAUCACAGAGUCGUGGCUAAAACAAGGAUUGAAGGAGCGCGGGAUCACACGAGAUCUGCAGUGGGGUGUCCCGGUGCCCCUACCGGGCUACGAAAACAAGGUCUUCUACGUCUGGUUCGAAGCUUGCAUAGGCUACCCUUCAAUUACGGCUAACUACACUGAGGAGUGGAAAAAGUGGUGGCAUAAUCCCGAGCAAGUCCAGCUCUAUCAGUUCAUGGGUAAAGACAACGUUCCCUUCCACAGCGUUGUUUUCCCCGCAUGCCAGAUCGGAACUAAGGACAACUGGACAAGACUCCACCACCUCUCUGCGACCGAGUAUCUAAACUAUGAGAAUGGAAAGUUUAGUAAGAGCAGAGGCAUCGGCGUCUUCGGCAACAAUGCGCGCGAAACGGGCGUACCUGCUGAUGUCUGGCGAUACUAUCUUCUCAAGAACAGACCCGAGUCAAGCGACACACAGUUCGAGUGGCGCUCUUUCAUCGAUGGCAACAAUACGGAGCUACUGGCUAAGCUUGGCAAUCUGGUCAACCGAGUCAUCAAACUUGCCAAUUCGCCAAAAGCGUACACAGGCGUCAUUCCCGACUUUGAACCCGAUAACCUCCCUGCUCCCUUUGGUGAACACUUGAAAGAGAUCACCGAGCUCUUGCAGCAGUAUUUAUCAGAGAUGGAAGCAGUGAAGCUCCGCCAAGGCCUUCUUACUGCCAUGAAAAUUGCUGAAGCAGGAAACGGUCUCGUGCAAGCCUUCCGAUUAGACAACUCCUUGAUCGCCAGCGAGCCAGCGCUAGCCGCAGCGGUGGUCGGGACAGUCCUAAACUUGAUUUAUCUGUGCUCGGCCGUCUUCGAGCCAUAUCUGCCGGCUACCUGUGCGUCAAUACGGAGACAGCUGAAUGCCGACUUUCUUCUAAUUCCCUCGGAAGAGGAUAUAAGCGGUGGCUGGAAACCAACCUACAUUAAGCCCGGACACAAGAUCGGCAAGGCGGAGUAUCUCUUCACCAAAAUCGACGAGAAGAAGGCAGACGAGUGGAGAGAGCACUUCGGCGGCAACCAAGAAGAGCGAGCCAAGAAAGAAGAAGAGGAAGCUAAGAAGGCCGCGAAGAAGGCGGCUGAUAAGGAAAAGGCCAAGGCCAAGAAAGAAGCAAAGAAGAAAGCUGCAGGAGCAGGCGUCGAGAAGAGCGCCAAGGGCGGCGAAGGCAUGGCGCAGGCGAACGGCGAAGCGGGAGAUGCGGUGGAUAAGGUGGUUGACGGUGUCGCUCAGGUCUCCAUUCCCACCUCGUGA